ACAACAACAAAAAAACCCCUUCAGUUCUAAAACUGCUUGGACAGCAGAUUCUUUUGGUUCUCCUGAGUCCCAGCUUCGAGGCGUCGCGAGGGCCAGUUGUGCUCCUCUGAAUGUGGGAGCGAUCUGGAGAACACUUGAGAAAAAGCAAAGAGAGGAGUGAGCGCUGUGCUUUUCCCCUUUUGUGUCCUGCAUCAGCAUCUUGGCCAUCCGCUCACCUCCACCUCCUUGGAGUGGGGUGGGGGGCAUUCUUAUGGACUCCCUGGGGUCCUGGGGGGUGGAGACGAGGGCAGGAAUGGAGGCCGGCUCCCAGCAUCUGCAGGAGGAUGGGCUGUGCUAAAGAGUAACACCCGAGGGAGGCUGGGUGGUGCAGCCCCAGUUGCCUGCAGAGCCCAGCAGCCAGGAGAAGCUGGCUUUGGAUUCUGUCUUUGAAGAGUUCUCUGGAAGUUGGAGGGGCGGGGCAAGCGGCGCUCUCCUGUCCUACUGAAGUCUUGCGCGGGAGUGUGAGCGAGAACUCUGCCGGCAAUCGCAAUCCCAGGGCUGUCCCGCUCCUGAGCUGAGGUAGACACCGGGUGCUGCCCACGGGGUCGGUAGGGCGCAGGCGCCGGGCUGGCAGAGCGCAAGGGCAGAAUGGAGGGGCUGGUCUUGCUCAAGGCCCUGGUCACCCGGCUGCUGUUCCUGUUGCAUUCCCUGGUCGCCGUCUGGAGAGUGACCUGGGUGAAGGAAGAGCACCGUUACUGGCUGCUGGCCCUGCUCAACCUCUUGCUGGUUCUGGAGACAGUACUCACCCUCAAGUUCAAACGCGGCAGAGGCUACAAAUGGUUUUCUCCGGCCAUCUUUUUGUACCUGAUAAACAUCAUGCCGUCCCUGUGGCUCCUUGAAAUGCACCAUGGAAACCAGUAUUGCAGUACCCAGUCUGAGAGAACGGCACAGAACUUCAGCAGAAGAGGAGAUGUCAAUCAAACCCUGUUAUCCCACAGAGACGCCAACGGAAUGGGGAAUAUCCUUGAGCUGGCCAGGGGCUUUGUUGACAACUUAUCCAUGGUAUGUGAACCAGUCUGGACCUUAGGACUCCACCAGACCCUCCUGCUAAUAUUAAUCAUUGGACGGUGGCUUCUCCCCAUUGGAGGGACCAUCACUAGAGACCAACUCUCAGAACUUCUUCUGAUGUUUGUGGGGACAGCGGCCGACAUACUGGAGUUCACUACUGAGACUCUGAAAGAAAAUAAUGUCAGAAAUAACCCUACUCUGGUCUCUGGCAUUCUUGUGGUGUGGACGUGGAGUAUGCUGCAGUUUCCCCUCGAUCUGGCAGUCCAGUUGAAACUGGUAUGCCCCGCCUCCGUGAAAGCCAAGGGCUUCCUCAGGGUGUUCCUGUGCCAGUACAGUGCGGAUCUAUGGGCCAUUGGCCUCAGUUUCUUCAUCCAAGAUGGUCCCUUCCUUGUUGUGCGCCUCGUCCUGAUGAUCUACUUCGAAGUGAUCAACCACAUGUUGGUGUUCUUUGCCGUGAAGAAUUCCCUAGUGAUGGCUCUGCACUUCUACCGACUUGUAGCUUUGAUUAUGGCCACACGUGACUUCAUGCAAGAUCACCGAGAAAGCCCCAAACCGGAGCACAGUAGCCCAGACCAGCCCUCUGAGAGCCGGCCCAGUGAGUGGGAGGACGCCUCCCCGGAGGCUCUGCCUUUGAGAACCUCACCUGUCACCUCUGAGGAGUCUUACCCGACCACUCCUUAGUUAUUGUUUUUAAGUUGUAGCCGCGAGGCUUGGCUCAUUCUCUUCUUAGCCCCACCCCCCUCCAUAUUUGCAUACACCAUUUUUUUUAAAGGAAGCAAUACGAAAAGAUGAUCUUGUAUCAAAGCCAAGGUACUGCUCUAUUUUUUCAUCUGAGUGGAAGGAACUUUGACGGUGAGUGGUUGUCACUACAACCUCCUGCUCUGGUAGUGGACAUUACACUGCUCCGAGAACCAUUCUAAGUGAUUGGUUCUUUUUGAACUGCCUGGAAAGUUGUAGACAGAACAGCAUAGCACACCCUCCAAAGACUUAAGACUGACUUUUGACCACUUCCUCUCCUAUCCCUUGCACUCCCGGGUUGCCUAAUAGCACAGCAGCUUUUUAACUGACUGGACUAUGUCACUCUCUCCUCCGAUGUUUUCUGCAAUGUCCCUCUGACAUUAAAAAAAAAUGUGUAUUCAGUGAAUGCUGAACAAAGGAGAGGAGGAGAGGAAAAUACUUUUAAAAUCAACUUGUCAUCGGCUGCAGAUUGGGAACGAGUACUACCCUGCUUCCUCGGUGCAGAGAAAAUGGCUGUGGUAGCUGCCCAGGCCUUUACAGGAAUCCGGUUCUCCUGGACCAAAGGUGACAGUCUGUCAUGGUUUAUGUGUUCUUAGAGCAUCGUGAUGGCUUUGGGCUUGAGUAGCACAAAGUUUACAGCAAGCUACUUGGGCUCUACCAACUUUGUAGCCAGGAGAUAUCAGUGAGACACCUGCAAGUCAUACUUUCUACCUAAGACGAUUUACAGAACCAUUAGUAUUUGAAUACCUCGUUACCUCUUUCUGCAUUGUCAAGGUGCAUCAUGUGAUCAGGUUUCAAAGAGCACUAGUAUGCAGUGACGAAGGAAUUUUGAGACCUGUAGUGUUACCAUGGUUUCUGGUGGUUGCCAUCAACUGCUUGCAGUAGCAGCCACAGUAACAGAGAUUGCCAUGGGUCCUGGGAAAUGCCAUCGGCAGCCCCAGUGUGGUUUCAGGAACAAGUUGGUGGGAGGUGGUGCCAGUCUCCUGCCUCCUGGGAACCAUGGUGGCUUCAUUUCCCACGAAUGAAAUAGUCUUUCUGUUCCACAGCUCUGUACGUCCUGGGUGGAAAUGACUCCAAAGCUUUAAAAGUGGCUCUUGCUUUUAAAUACAUGGUAAAAACAUGACUUGACAAUCUAUGAAACAGUUCUAAAAUUUCAGUGCUAGAGUUUAAAGCAUCAGUCAAGCCAUGUUAGAAUCCCCAGGAACCCAGAGACGUUUAUUCAGGAAACUGCCUAAAUUGGAGGCAACCAUGUGACAAUCAGUUUGGACAAUUUUUUUUAAAUCUAUGUAUUUCUGGGAUGGUACAGUGUUUAUCCACCACAUUUGAUAACAAGUUUUAUAAACAAAUUCUAUUUUAUACAAAGCCACAACUGUUUUCUCUAGGGAUUUCUGCUUCUUUUAUCUGUCACGCUUCUCAUUUUUCACAAUGUCAUGGCUGCAAACUGUUCAGGAAACAAAUGGAAUGGAUUGGUAAUUUUUCAUAAUAAGUGUAUGCAAGUUAAGGUCAAGAUUGUAUUUAUAUAAGUUGAAGAAUGUGACAACUUCUAAAGGUGUGUUAUUCAAACUUUUUAACAAUGACACUUGGGGACAUGUCCCAUGGUUAAGAGCAAGCAUUGCUCUUGCAGAAGAUCCGAAUUGAUCCCAAAAUCUACUCCACAGGUCUUACCACCACUUGUAGUUCCAGCUUUGGGGGUCUUCUUGUAGCCUCAGUGAGAACUGACAGCAUUCAUGUGUGUGUGUGCGCGCGCACACACACACACACACACACACACACACACACAGAGAUUUAUUAAAAAUAAUAAAAAUAUUUUAUAAUAAAGUCAACAAUAGGAACAAAAAAGAAAAAAUCAAUACUAUUUCUCAAACUGCCCCAGCACCUAAUAACUGUACUGGAUGCUUUGUGUUGAAUACCUGAUAUAUAUGUGCUCCUUUGACAUAUAUGUGCCCCCAUGACAUAUAUGUGCCCCUGACAUAUAUGUGUUCCUAUGACAUAUAUGUAUUCCCAUAAUAUACAGGUGCCCCCAUAAUUAUAUAUGUGCCCUUUGACAUAUAUGUGCCCCUUUGGCAUAUAUGUGCCCUCAGACAUAUGUGAGCCACUCCUUACUGCCUGAUUUCUCACAGCAUAAUUUUUGUGAUUUUUGUCCCCCCAGAAAAAGAAAUACUGAGCAUCCAAAAAUAAGCCAUCAAGUAGUAUGACUGUUGCAAAGAUAAUUUUAAGUGCUUUCAAGUCUGAGGCUUGGCUUGGUUUUGUGAAAGACUUUCUUGUGUUUCAAUAAAGUAUUUGGUAAUUAGCCCUCCUCCCCAGGCUCGUCCAAAAUCUGGCUUAACUUGGAAUGCCAGGAAGCCAGAAAGCACCCAGGACUAGCUUGAUAAUUAAUGGAUGGUCAAAAAUAGACACACAGUCUUGAAGGCUUUUCCAGGAAAAUCUGCUAAAGACAGCAUUUAACUUAACUGCCAGUGCUUCCAUUUCCUUGUGCUGGCUGCUUUGAUCAUAGGAAAAAAUGUCCGUUUGCUUAGUCUAGGUUUUAUCUCUGAUGAAAUGCUAAAAAUAUACUCAGUUGUAUGUUUAUAAUUACUACUAUUAUUUUACCCUUUAAAACUGUAUAUUUUUAUUGUGGGCUCAUGCACAUUGUAAUGCUUUUUGAUAUCCAAGUGUUUGUCAUAAACAAAAGAGAGUAUCAGUCAUCUCCGUUAUGUUGGAAUCUUGAGACUUGUUUACAUUUUAUUUGGACUGAGAUAGGACACAGACUCCAUCCUCAGCCCCUAGCCACAGUGCGUGCCAAGCCCCACCCCACCUCACCCCUGAGGAGGGGCCUUCACUUGCAGUUGCUAGAGCUAUUGCUGACUGAUUAAAGCUCAAUCAGCUUUCCUUCUUCCUGCAAGUAUACUCUUCCACUAGCGAGAAAGCCUGGUGCCCAUGUUUACAUAAUGCUCUGCAGACACAACCUCAGGAUUCUCUUAGGCUUGUCCAUCCCGAGCGAGUCUUAAAUGCCACAAUACUGUGCUUAAGAUAAGCAUGCUACUUCGUCUUUGAUUAUCCCACUCAGUUUGGUUGCUGUGACAGUGCUAGAAUUCGGAGGCCUCAUCUUGUCAAUAACAUUGGGAGCUUCCAGGGAGACGUGUAAGUAAGACAAUUCUACCACUGGCUCUGGUGUCCCACAAGGCCUUGAAGCCAUGAAGACAUAUGUCUAUGUGUUGACAGGAUUCACCCCUACCACCCGGGCCUUGUUGUUCAACAGAAGCUUUUCAGAGCUGUGGGGAAGGACACCGUGGAGACGUGAAUCUGUUAGGAUGGCCUUGGAUCCAACAUUCACUGUGGACUCUAAAUCAACUCAGUCUUUCCCUACAAGGAACUGUUAGCCGGAUUCUCCAGUUAAAAGGGAGAGCUGUUGGGACUCAGCCUGCCGACCUCCCAACAUAUAUAGAAGGCAAAGGCUCACAAAUCAAACAGCCUCGAAUCACAAAAUGAAAAGACACCAUGGGUUCUUUCCCUGUUUUCUCAGUCUGGGCUUUCCCUUUUACUUAGAGGGAUUUCUGGUCCGUCCUCCCAACAUAUCUGAACUUUCAAGACAGAGCAGCUAAAUGAUGAUUGGAAGAAUGAGCCACCAAGGACUUGUACUUCAUCGGUUUCUGUCUUUGAGGUCUUCCUUACUGAAAUAACUUGUGAGUUGUGUUUUCUGUGAAUAUUUCUACAUUUUGCUGGGAUGGGCCUUUUUGUUUUAUUACGGUCAUUAAAUAUUUGUGUACGGCUUUCUCCCUUUGCCUGUUCUCCACCCCCUUUGCCCAUUGUUUUGCCUUUUUCUUCUCUACUGCAACUCAUUUCCUCCAUGGUUUUUAAGCUCUGCCUUAAUAAGUAAAACUGAUCUAUUCAGAAGAUGAUUAAAGUGACGUUUCCAACCAGCGAGCAAAGAAUGACCAAUUUUAAAACCGAUGUUGGGAAAAUGUUGCUACCCAUCUGGAAAACAUAAAGUGGGAUUUUUUUUUUAUCUCGUGAAAUCUAUAGAAAUAAAUUCCAGAUGGAUUAAAUCUCGUCAUAAAAUGAAAACUAUAAAUACUGGAUUGGAAAAUACGGAAUGCGUCUUGAGCGUGUGGGGGAUGGGCAACAUUCUCUGAAGCCAGACCUGGAACCUAGGAGAAAUUGACUGACAGCCUUUUCUACGUGAAUACCUCACGUUUGUGGUAAAGGGUGUCAUGGACAUACCAUUUAGGAAAACAUGAAGAGCUAGUGUAGUCAAGAAACAGAAAAGGGGGAGAUAUUGGGGAGGGAGAGCCAAAGGUGUAUUUAUUCAUAAAAGGUUGAAAAUCUAACAAAUGCUAAAACUUCUUUAACAACUUAAUAUCUACCUUGAAAGUAAUAAGCUUAAUAGCAUGUACAAGCAAUCAGCAUGCAACACAGUUUUGAACAAAUUUUCUUUACAAUGUGAAUCAAGGCCUUAUAUUGUGUAAAUUUAAACUUCAGUAGUAUAAGAAAAGUUUCAAAUGAUGCUUGAAGUCAUAAAUGAGUAAGUUACCAAAUACACACACACACACACACCUCUAUAGAUCUAACAUCAUCUUCUUCAAGUUAGUCAUGACUGUUU